AUCUGACGAAGGUCACUGGGAGUAAUUUCCACAGCUGUCUCUUGAAGGUCAUCACUGUCAGAAAUGGAACAUGAAGUUGACGGUCUGCUUUGGAGACACAAAGGUCGUGGUUCCUUGUGGUUCAGGGAACUUAACGGUUAGAGACUUGACUCUCAGUGGUUUAAGGAGGGUCAGGCAUACUUUACCGAAGCUCGGGCCACAGGAUCGCAUUGUCGUCCACAGCAUCAAUGUUGCUAGAGAUGGUGGUAUGCUUGAUUGGGAUGAUUUGGUCUGCGAUGUGGUAGACGAUCGUGAAAUGGUUACUGCUCACUUUUCGGUCGCCACUUUAUCAAACAAUAUCAAGGAUUCUUGUCCAAAUCGACCCUCAACUGCCCUUGAUUCUAUAUUUCAAUCACUUUCUACACCCUUAGUUGUCGAUUUAUGUUCUGAUAGUGCUGUCGAGCCUUCAUUUCAUAGUCCCAUCCAGUCUAGCGGGGCUAGUGAAUUUAGAGAUAGUGGAUUGAAUCUCGCACCUCCUUGUGGAAUUGGAUUAAGACAAACUGACAUCAAUGGUCAUAUCGCAGACAGGCUUCUGCGUAUCGGAGAUGGAAGUACAAGCAGUAGUAACUUAAGUUUAAAUCUAAGUAAUGAUAGCUGUGGAUUGCAUCAACCAAAUGGAGCGCAUGCAUCUCAGUUCCCCGGUGAUAUCCACGAAUGGCUUCUGAAUGAGUCUUCCCAUGAUUCUAAUGCAGCGCUGCAUCCCAACAUUAAAGUGAAUUGUGUUUCAGCAGUAUCCUCUUCUGGUAAUAAGAAGAAAUGUUUUACAACCUCUUCAGUUUCUCAGUCACCACUUGCUUGCUUCAAUACAGUAUCAAGUACGUGUGAACGACUGAUAAGCUCUCCGGUUUCGUGCAAUAAGUCCUGUUCGAAUAGUAUCACCAUAAAUGAUGCAGCAAUUUCGAAGCAUUGUCAAAGAACACUUUCACCGAAUGUCUUUGAAAUGCUCUCAAAUGUCUUAUCUCGCCGUCGUGAUCUUAUUGAGUCUGGUUGGGAUUCUGAUGAUGAAGAUGAAGAUGCAUUUGAUCCUGAUGGAGGCUAUUCAUACGAUUGCCAAGUAGGUGAACAGCAGAAUGAAUUUGUGUCAUUACCCAAUGGUGAUACUAUCUUUCACUCAGAUACCAUAAACAAUAAUUCAGAUAUAAUACCUAAUUCUUUACCUGGAGGAAAUCACCGUUGUUUAGAUGUCACAGAAAGUAAUAGUCACCAUGAAAAUACUAACGAUAACUUUUCGACUGUAAGAUAUCCCUCGGUGACUCUUACACCAAGCGGGACUUGUGAUGGACCAAGUAAUCACCCUGUUUUAUCAGAUGCAGAUAUUUGGCCUCUUCCACCUCCACCUUUUUCUGCUUCCGAUGUUCCACAUGUUAAUAAUCCUACUAAUCUCCCGUGUAGAGUACAUUCUCCAGAAGACGAAUAUCAUAUAGGUAUAAAUACUGAACGACUGAUACGUGCAGUUCAAAGUCAUAAUUCAUUUUCAAAUUUGAAUGGUUCCGACCAAUUUUGCACAACUUCAGACAUAGUAUCUAAUUCAUUAGUCAGUCAGUCAGAACUCCGAAGUCCCCUCAGUUAUUCUCAGCCUAAUUUGGUCACACAGUAUGACGAUUCUAUUCGACAACAAAAUAUGCUACAUUUAUCGAAUACUCAUAUAUCAGAAAAUAAUAUGGUUAGUAAUUCAUUACAUCAGUCGAGACCGGACCACGUACAGUUUCAAUACUCAACAAAAUCCAUUGUUAUAACAAGUCGUCCUGUUGGCGGUCUGUCCUAUUCUCGAACAACAACACGUUUAGGAACAGCAUUUCAAAGCAAUUUAACUGUUCCAACUAUAGUUGAAGAAGAAGAAGAAUAUUCGGUAGAUUCUGAAAGACAACCUCCAAAUUUGCCGGAAUAUGAUACAGAACACCAACUUAUCGACAUGUUAAAGUCUAGAACUAAUCAUCUACUUAAUAGUAGUAUUGAUAUUAAUGAGGCGAAUGAAGAAGAUUAUCCACUUCUACGUAAAGAUUAUGUUUUGGAAAAAGAUCAAACAUCUGUCCAAAAAUGCGGUGUACUACAUGUGAAUACAAUUAAUAAUGAUAAAUGUAAUCCUAGUUCAAAUGAAUUACACUUGUCUAAUCUUCAAUUUCAUUCAAAUGAUAAUCCAUUAAUAACAAAUAACCAUUCUAUUCGUGGUCUACCUAAACCGGAUGUAAUUCGUUGGCUUGAAAAUACUCGUGAUGCUACUAUGAGUAAUAAUUGUCAAGUUAUAAGUAAAUCUGGUUUAUCACAUCUUUCAUCAUCUGCAUCAUUAAAUCAAUCAGAUUUCAAUACAGAUGAUCAUCAGCCAAUUAAUGAAGUACCUGAAAAAAUAUCUUUGAAUAUCAUUGAAUCACCUUCAGUAAAUAAAUCUCAGGAAUCAAUAAAUAGUAAAGACUCAUUAGUGACAAUUCGUCUGAUAAAUACUAAACGUGGUGAAAAUUUAGGUAUACAAAUUAAACCUGUCUUUUCGGAUGUCUUUAACUCUAACAAUGAUAAUUGUUCAGAUAACAAUGGCGGAUCACGAAUUGAAUGUGGUCUUGAAGUUCAUUGUAUUUUACCGAAUGGGCGUGUAGCACGUGAACAAUGUUUAUCUGUUGGAGAUCGGAUUUUAAGUAUUAAUGGAAUUUCAUUAAGCGGUAUACCAUUUGAAAAGGGUCGUGAUAUAUUUCAAGAGGCAUUAAAUGAACCAGAAAUAAUACUUCGUGUACUUCCUCAUUCAGCCUACCAAUAUAGUUCUUCACUAUCUAUACAAAACAUUGAUAAAAUAAACAGGACAACUACAGAGAAAUCAGAGAAACCUUCAUGUGGUCUAAUUGUUAUCGUAUCCGAUCCAUUGUCUAAAGCUAAAGAAGUUGAAAUAAAAUCUAAUUCAAAUCAGUUAAAACCUAUACCACCACCACCACCUCGUCGUUCUCCCAACACUGUAUUAACUCGUAUUCCAGAAGGAAUUAUUAAACCAUUAAUUGACGAAUUUUUAAAAGAGAAAAAACAACAAGAAAAUAAUAACAAUCAAUUACCAUCAUCACAAGAAUUAACAAAAUCUGUUGUCAACUCACAAUCAAAUAUUGUUAAUGAUAAUAAUAAUAGUGAUGAUUUGCACACAUUUACUUAUCAUACAAUUCAUUUAUGCAAAGGUUCUAAUGGUUUGGGAUUUAGUUUAACUAGUCGUGAUUCAUUGACAUCAUCGGGUCAAAAAGUUAUCUGUGUGAAAAAUAUACUACCAGGUGGAGCAGCUCUAAUCGAUGGUCAAUUAAAACCUGGUGAUCUUCUAAUGAAGGUUGAUAAUAUUGAUGUGAAUGAGAUUGGUCAAGCACAAACUGUUGCAUUAUUACGAAGUAAACCUGUAAAUACUCUUGUUACUUUAGUUGUCAAACGAUCAAGAAAUAAUUCCCAUAAUGCAGAUAUCAAUAAUAAUAAUAAUAAUAAUAAUAAUAAUAAUAAUAAUAAUAAUAAUAAUAAUGACAAUAAUGAUAAUGACCAUAAUAAUCUUGAUCAACCAUGUCUACCUGAUUUGAAAACUAUGCAACCAUCUGUUAUCUGUACAAUAGCAUCAAGUUGUUGUAUAAAUACUGUAAAUGAACAACCAACAAAAUCAAUAUUAUCUUCAAUAUCCUCAUUAUCAUCAACAUCACAACCAAUAACACAACAACAUAAUGAAAGAGUGAUUGUGGAACAACCAUCUAGUCAUGAUAUAAAAAUACCUGAUAAGCUAUCCGAAUGGAAUUGUUGUUCAUCCGACAUCUCUCAAAAAUUCCAUCCCCUUCCACCUUCACAUCCUUCAUAUAAACUUCAUGAAAUCGAUUCAUCUCACUGGUCAAUUUAUUUAUUGAAUAUACAUUUACCUUUGACUAAAGUCAAUGAAUCCGAUAAAAUUACAACAAUACGACAAUAUACAGAUUCUACUAUGCAUCAAUCAACAGUUAAACGACAUACAGGCAAUCCUGUCACCUUAGGUGUAAGUGUAUCAGUAAGACGAUUGUCAAAUAAUUCGUGUGUUAAUAGUAAUGAUGCCCUUGGUGGUGAACUCAGUAGUUCUACUACUGCUACUACUAACACUACUGUUACUGUUAAUGAAAAAGAUUCAAGUGUACAAAUUGAUAAAACUAAUGAUUCACAAUGGAAUGCUGUCUUUGUAAGAACUGUUAUUGAUGGUGGUCCUGCUUAUCAAGAUGGACGUUUACAAGUUGGUGAUCGUUUAUUAACUAUAGAUGGUCAAAAUUUAUCUGGAUUAUCUACUACUGAUGCACUUAAUCGUCUAAAAUCUGUUAUUGCAAAAGAUUUGAAUGAAUCUCCUCAUCCAUGUGUUCAUCUUUUGAUUGCUCGACCCCGGGAUGGAAUUGAUUCAGAUAAUUCUUAUGUAAAUUCUAUGGAAAAUAAAAGUGAGAAUGCAAUGAAUAAAAUCACUAGUUCUAAUCAGCGUAAAUCUUUCUUGGAAGUGGCAACAAAAGAAUCACAUGAUGAUAACAGUGGUCAUUCAAAACUGCUACUAGUCUCUGCUGUAGUACACUCAUCGGAAUCUGUUUCAAUGGCCGGGGGGAAUUCACAUGAUUCAUGUAACCCCCCUGGAAAAUACUCUUUAUCAUCUAAUCAUCAUCUUGCUGUAACCAACUUAUCACCGUCAUCAUCGUCACAACAUCUACAAUCACAAAAACAAUCCACCAAUCUCUCUAACACCUCUUAUCCUCUGUGUCUAAUUCAAAAUUCUCAGUCCAGUGAAGAAAUGUCAAAAAUUCUGCAUUUAAAAUCAAAUACUUAUAAUUCUACUGUAAAUGUCAAUAAUUCCCAUGAAAAUACUACCAAAUCUUCCGCUUCUUCAUCAUUAAUAAUGUGUAAUACAAAGACUAAUGAAAACAACGAUGAAAAUAUUGAUGUCAGUAGGACUAAUUAUCAUGAUGAUGCUAAUAACUGUAAUACUGUUACUGAUUCCCCCAUUAUUAAUAAUAGUUUUCAAUGUGAUUCAAAAACUGUUAACAUUGAUUAUUGUGCGGUGAAAAAAGUUCAAAUCCCUGUAACUUCCUGCUCAACUCUUAAACAUUUAGAUUCCAUUCCUUCAUCUAAUUCAAAUGGUACAUCUGAGCAUAGCCAUCAUCAAUAUCGUCGCUGUCGUCGUCAUCAUCACUAUCGCGAUAAUGAAAAAUUCUAUCUUAAUUCAAAGUGCUGUUAUAGUAAUUUAAAUCAAGAUUCAAAACAACGAUUAUCGAAUUAUUCAUCGUCAUCAACAGAAAUAUUAUGUAGUUAUCAACAUAAUUUAUGUAAAUACCGAUCGAAUGAUAACAUUGUUAUUGAUGAUGAUCAUGACAGUGAUGAUGAUAUGGAUCGCGAUAAGUCAUGUUGUUUAACAGAUGAUUCCGAUUUGAAUUAUGAUGCUACUACUCCUCUGUCGGAUCCUGAAACUGAACGUUAUAGUUAUAAAUUAGAUUUAUUCAGUGAAUUAAGUCUUUCGUCAGUCUCUGGCGCUGCUGGUGACCAGAUAUUAAAUAUGAAUAUUGAGAAAAAUCCAAUAACCAGUAAAUCCACUUUACAUAAAUGUUACUAUACACAUGGUAAAUAUUUAAAUGAUAAAAAAUGUAAAUAUCGUGUUGUAUAUCGUCAACCGAGAAUAGACUUUAGUCAAAUGGUACUUGUACCAUUUGAUCCAGCCUCAUGGAAUGGUCCAGUGUUAAAACCAAGAACAGCGUUGAAUCCAGAAGAACUACAACUUAUUGUCGAUAUGCCGAAUUCAUUUUCUUCUUUGCAAAAUAAUAAUAAUCAUUUUGACCAACAACCUGGUAAAAAUAUAGAAAGAAGAGGGCAUAAUUCCGUUGUUGAUGUUGAUAGUAUGUGUAAUAAACAAAAUGCAAAAUGUAUCGAUAAUGAAACUGUUCGUGUGAGAAAAACACAUCCAAAAACUGUAAUCAGUAAAUUAUUCAGUCUAGUUAAAACAACUGCUCAUCGACGUACUAUUGGUGAUCAGAAUACAAUAUCAGAUUUCGAAAAUAAUACAGAAUCUCAAUUACCUAAAGAUGAUAACGUUCAAACCAUUUUAUCUAGUGAAAAUGUUAAUGAUAUUGAAAAAAGAAAUAAUUGUUUAAUCAAUUUGUCAAAUAAUACAAAUACACUUUCAAUUAUACAAAAUAAUUUAUAUGUAGAAAGUUCAGCAAAGAAUUUGAUUAAACCUCAAUCGGAUCAGUCAAUCGACUUACAACUUUGUUCAAACAACAAAAUUACUAAUCCUAUCGAAAGAUCAUCACGUUCAUCUUGUUAUGCAACACUUCAUGAAAGACUUGAACCUCCAAUCCAUAUCUAUGAUACUGCACAUAAUAUUCAAAUAAAUAGCACUAAUGAUCACAAAUCUGAUAUAUCGAAUCCAAGUAAUGAACAAGUAACAUUACUAGAUGCGAAAUAUCCCUCUUCUUUUGCACCUCAGUCUAAUAUCAUUCAAACAACUACAGAAAAUGUGGUUGUAAACCAACCUGAAGAUACCAGUUUAACACAAUUACAAACAACAAAGUAUGCUGAUUUAUCGUUUUUACCAAAUUCAUCUUUAAAUAGUCCGUUAUCAUGUAUGCCAUUAUUAUUGACAGAUACCAAUAAUAUUAAUAAUAAUAAGAAGAAUACUGACAUUGUUCAAACAACAACACUGUUUAAUAAAACAAUUAAAGAGUUAACAAGUCAACAACAACAACAGUCACAACAUCGUUCCAUCUCUUCUUCUAACCAACAUCAUCUCACUAGUUUAUCUAAAAGUGCUGUGAAUCGUCUGUAUGAUAUUGAAAUCAGCUCAUGUUCAACUGCUUAUGAAUCAGUUAUGGAGUACACACCAACUUGUGAUGAUGUUACUUCCAAACAGAAAACAACCAGGUCAGUAGUUAUAUAUAUACUUCCUGUUUUUGUUAUGUGUAGCCAUUUUUACACAUUUGUUAUUCAUAAUCUUAGAUUAUAAUAUAGAUUGACAGAAAAGAUGAAAGUCAUGAGUGGUGUUCGUGAAUUAGUUUCUAUUAAAUCAUGAGAUUCAAGUUGUUAAACUAAGACAAACUUUUGAAGUCCUGCAAUUGCAACUCUUGUACUAGUUGUCAUCUGUCAGUAUGGCUUAUAUUUUAUCGUAAGGGGAGAUUGAUGCUGCACAUGAAAUUCAAACUGCCUACCACCCAAUCACUUAAGUUGCCAGUGAGUGAUGUAAACAGUGACUGAUAUACUUACAGUGGUUGAUCACUGGGUUUUAACCUAUGCGGCAUAUGUCUAAUUCUUGAAAGUGAUUAAAUUCCAUUUACCAAGUGUCAAUAUGAUCAGUAGUCUAAAUAACUGGACAUUGUGUUCACUUGCUUGAAUACUAGGUUUUUGGAGGGAAUUUGAAGGGAGCUCUCGACUUCAUAUUAGUUGAUAGUUGUUAUCAAAACACAUUUCUGAAACCUCGAUGGUAACUAAUGCAUAUUUAUCGAAAAGAUAACAGUUCAAUAAAAAACUUACAGUAUGAUGCAUUCAUUAAAAUUAAUUGUGUUAUGGUGUUUGCUAGAAAAUGGGUUUAACAGUUUUACUUUCAUACUUAACGUUGAUUUUAAAUUUAUAUGGUAAUCUAUGGAAUAAUUCAAUAGGUGAUAUUUAAUGUCAAAUACAAGACACCUAAUUUUAUAAUUAUUCCUAGGUAAAUUACGCUAAUAAUUUCUGUGAAAUAUGGCGAAAAAUAUUUAACAAAGAAUGUUAAGAUGACUUACAGAAAACGCGACAAAGCCUCCGGAGGCUCUAAGGGAACCAAAGAGAUUCCAUCCAACCAGAACUCGAUGGAAUUUUCUAGAGUAUAAAUGUGGGAUACGGUUUUUGAACAAUUGUAUAAUUUCCUACUUGAGGAUUGGCUGAAUUAUACUAAUCCUAUAACCUAUACUAAAAAUUACAACCCUAUUUUUCUGUACAUUAUUCACACUUACUCAACCGCUUUUCCUGUUUUUUCUGUCUUUUGAGUUUCAAUUCGUUCGAGUGCUGAUAGCCAUCUACCAUAUUAACCGUAGUCAAGUAGAAGACAUAACAAAGAAUAAUUUACACACUCGUUACAAGUGAACUCACAUAUACUUGCUAACUUAACCGCUAUAUAUUUCACAACUAUUAAAUAACAGAUCAUUCAGAAUACUUUUGAAAUAAUUGAUUUUUCUGCUGUCUUCAAAAUAUAAACAAUAAUAUUUCUACAUUCUAAACUCAUGAAUAAAACUUUUUUAUGAACCAUAUCUAUAGUCCGUACAUUGAGAAUUUUCCACUACUGGUAUGUUUCAUCAGUAGGGAUAUGAAAUGAACAAAGAUUUGUUUAAAAUAUGAUCAAUUAUCACUUCGUAAAAAGAAAAAUAAACUAAAUUCAUAUGAAGUAACUUCAUGAUCAAGUAAAUUUCGACUAUUUGAAUCUAAUUACAAUGCAAUAUGUUUUCAUUUCUAGGGAAUUGGUAAAUACGAGAGAUUUUUAAUCAUUAUAGUUAAAAUGACUACGACAGACAAUAAACUUUAUUCUACUAAGCAUGAAUAAAUAUUUGAAAGUUUUCUUUUUUUUCUCACUUCCACUAUCCACCAGAAGAGAUAGUACAGAAAUAUGCCUAUGCUCCUCAGCAGGCGGUAACAGUCGUACGAUUGAAGAUAGAAGACACGUUUAGGCUGAAGGCUUCUGACCACAAAUGUCUUCGAAGCCUUGAUCGAGUUUUGUGGAAUAACCGAGUGAGUAAUAUUAAGGCUAAGUACAUGGUACCUGGCAAAUCAAUCUGAGGUAGUAAGUUUUCAUCAACUGAGGUAGGUAAUACAUUUGUAACAUAUGGCUAACUAUUGUCUGUCUCAACGAGCAAUUCUUGGCUGUACAGAAUCCGGUUGAAAGUUAUGGGCGGCCAAAUAGAAACAUACCUUAAGUAUUAGCCAUGUAUACAAGUCCAGACUACCACAUUGGGGUCCACAUGAUAACCAUAACCAUUGGUUGACGAAUUUGUGUGGCAUAGUUCACUAUUGUUCAAAACGAACCAAAUGCAUUCUCUCUUUAUCUUUCUCUCAAUAUGAAAUUCAAUUAUGUUUUCAUGCAUACCUUUCCACUCUAUCUUCUUAAAUCAUAUUCUCAAGGUUUAUUACGACUACAUUAUUUUGAUCUCUUUUUUUCACUUAGCCUUGCUAAUCAAGUAUGGCAACUUAGAUCAAUGCAUUUCUGUUCUAAGUUAUAGGUUGAUAAUGUCUAUCUGUUGAUUCCCAAUAGGAAGUUGAAAAUAUUCAUUACUAAGGAGGAAUACUAUACAAAUAUAAAAUAACUGUUCAGUGCUCCUCAGUUUUCAGUUUGAGAACAAUUCGUAACAAAUGCAGUCUAUUAAUUUCAACUAUUUAAUCUCUAUUAUUGAAUUUCUAUUUUUAUUUAUUUUAGAGAAGUUUACGAAGAUGCUGAAGUAUUAUAUCGACACUUAUCUGAUUUGAAACAAUCAAACAAUUCUGAUAUACAAACAACAAUAAUAGAUUCAUCUCAUUAUCAUUAAUAAUUUUUUUUUAAAAUAUAAAAAUCUUCAUAUACAUACAGUUUGUACACAAAUUAUUAGUUCACUGAAUCAGAAAUGUUAUCUAUGUAUGUGUAUUAUCACAAAAACAAUAUACCUUAUAAAAUUCUAUAUUCAAUCAUCACUUCCUAAUUCUUUCUACAUUCAACUAUCUAUAUGUUUAUUGACACUACUCUCGUUAGUACUGCGAUUACUGUUUAUUAUUAUUAUUAUCGUGAUAAUUAAUACAUAUUCUUUAUCAUUAUUCGAGACAAAAAUAUAAGAUUCUGUGAUGAUGGCGAAUACUUAAUAAGCAUAACACAAUUCAACUGAAUGUUUAUAUGUUAAAUGUGAUGAUAAUCGUUUUUCUGCAUUUGUUUUGUGGAAUAUAAUGGGAUUUAUACAGAAUAGAAAUAAUAAUGUUACCAAAAAAAAAGAUUAAAGUAGGCAGGAUUCAGUAAACAAUGUGGAUUCCUCUUAAGAUAUUCAUGUGUUAUAUGCAUUUCAUACAUUCUUGUCCCGUUACCCUAUUAUCAUUAUUUUUCUUCUAUUAUUACUAACUUCAUCACUAAAAAUAUUUUAGCAUUUAUUAUCUUAAUUAUAAUGAUGAUGACGAUCACUAACAUUAUUAAGAAAGAAUAUUCUUUCAACUGUUUUCGUUUCUAUGCACACCUCCUACAAACGAACCAACCACAAAGACACGUGACUGUCUAAAAUGAUCGGGUAGAUUUGUUUUCCUUUUUCUCUUUUGAUAGUUGUAUUUUCACGGCUAAAAGUGCAACUUUGAUAAUAUUAAUAAUAACAAAGAUUAGAACAAUGAAUAACCUUGUCUCGUAAAAAGAAAUUGACGUAUUAUUUGUGGAAAAUUAUCUAAAACAUUUUUUUUUCCAAUGUGAAUAAAAGGAUGAUUGAUGAUAGCGAUAUGUUAUGUUGUAUCAGAAAGUGCUGUGAUUCUUUUAACUUAAAAUUAUAUUUAAUAUUAUUAUCAUUUUUCGUAUCUUCCGUUGCCGUGAUCAGAAUUACACAAAAGCCAACUGUAAACUAUUGAUAUACUAUUACAACUUGCAUUUCACUCUCCAUUAUACUUUAUGAAAUGUUUUUACUUCUAUAUCUCUUCGUUUUUUUGUUUUGUUUUCAAUAAGAUGUUAACCUUGCAUUUAUUUCACAACUGUGUUCUUUUAUAAUCAGCAUUUACUCUGACAUAUAGUUAACAACGAUGAUCUUAUUCAUACAUGAUUUAGUUUACAGUUUUUUUUGUGUUAUUUUACAAUUUACAAACCCAAAAACUAUUUGAAACUCAUAGAUUAAAAAUAAAGCAUUUGAUAAAUUUUUUUAUUUGUCUACUUAUAUUUUAC